GAAUUACACAAGAGUAUUAGACAAAGUAAAGUGUGCAGAAUGACUGACUGGGCAACACAAAAUACAAUCGCACUUGCUAUUAUUAACCUUAAAGGUACUGGAUCUGAUUUAAUGGUCAUGAUAUCACCAAUGUAAACAAUAUCGGCGUGUGUGUAACUAUCACUCUUAAUUGAGUUGCUUUGUUAAUGGGUCGUCCACCCGAAAUGAAUGGAGGCGGCCAAACUGUUAGAAACACCUGAAAUACCUGACCUGUAACACUGGAAUAUUGAGGUUCGAAACGUAAUCAAGAAGCAUUUAACCGACUACUGAGCUGUCCACAGUAACUUAGAUUGCUAAAUUUGGUGUUGCUUGGGUUUAGAUACAAGCCGAACUCACCCGAACAUACUAAAAUUUAGUGAAGUGACAAGAUUAUCCUUCUUUCUAUCUUUAGCAAUCUAUAAGAUGCUUUUAUCUGUUUGUUUACGAAUAAACAUCAAUGAUUACCUAUGGUGCCAUUAGCUUGCACGCUAGCUCGCUGCAGAAGUUAACUUACCCAAAAUAAUGUCCUUUCAUUUACAUUAACUACUUGUGUACAGCGUCGCGCAACUUCAAAAGCUACAAGAGAAAAGCCUUUCUAACUACGUUCUCCCAGUGUUUUGGAGUUUGUCCACCACAUAAAUCAACCGGUCUCCUUACUGUUGAAUUAGCAUCUAAUGCUAGCAGAACGGAGCUAGCUGACGCUCGAGCUCACAAGGAUGUCUUGGCCCGCUCUGUACACUCAGCUAGUCGGGGCAAACCGCCACUCCACCAGCUUGGGCAAAAUCUGGCUCUCGGUGCUGUUUAUUUUCCGGGUCAUGGUGCUCGUCGUGGCCGCUGAGAGCGUGUGGGGGGACGAACAGUCUGACUUCACCUGUAACACACUGCAGCCCGGCUGUGAAAACGUCUGCUACGAUCAGUUCUUCCCCGUGUCCCACAUCCGCCUCUGGUGUCUCCAGCUCGUCUUCGUCUCCACGCCGACACUGCUGGUCGCGAUGUACGUGGCCUAUCGUAACCAUAGAGAUAAGAGGAGGCUCCUACAGGGUUCUGGCAGAGCUGGCUUCCUCGGCAGCAAAGGCCAGGAGGAAGAGCUGGAGACCCUGAAGAAGCGGAGGCUCCCAAUAGCUGGUGCCCUCUGGUGGACGUACGCGUGCAGCCUGCUGUUCAGGCUGCUGUUUGAAGGCGGCUUCAUGUAUGCCCUCUACGUGGUAUACGAUGGUUUCCAGAUGCCGCGGCUGGUGCAGUGUGACCAGUGGCCGUGUCCUAACCUGGUGGACUGCUUCAUCUCACGGCCCACCGAGAAAACCAUCUUCACCGUCUUCAUGGCCACUGCCUCUUCCAUCUGCAUGGUCCUUAACAUGGCCGAGCUCGCGUACCUUGUUGCCAAGGCUGUCACUAGGAGUCUCUGUGUUCAGACGGAGAGGAAAACGUGCAGGAAAUCCAGCAGAGAAAGGACGCAGAACAAGACAAACCACAAACUGCUCGUCUCAGCCUGAGGGAGCAGCAGCACAGAGGACGAUAAACGAUGAAAAAAGAUUUUCCAAAGACUUGAAACACUUUAAAAAGCUGCGCAAUUACAAAGAAUGUGUAAAUACAACUGAACAUCCUCUAUGAUGCCUGAGGUCUUAAAAAUGUACCAUACAGUGGGUGGAGAGGAUGGAAUCAGUGACAACAACGCAAAACUGUACAAAGUUCAUGAUUUUAACUUUUAUAUAUUCUAAUGUAAUGACACACACACACAGAAAUACUGUUUCUGUUUUUAAUGGAUACAUUGAAUAACGGCUCACUGAAUACAAAUGCUCUCGCCAUUUCUCACUUUAUGUCCACAAAUAAA